CAAACAACGAGUCGCCCCCGUAGAACUUCCUGGAUCCUGAAUGACUAGCAACAUUGACUAUAUAUUGUUUAAUUGUAUUUUCAUCUAACCACGGAAAGAGCAGAUGUAAGAUGUAUCAUCUAAGACAAAAUUAGGUAGAUUGGAUCGCAACGAUGACUAGAUAUGAAAUAAAUCUUCCGGGCUUCGGGUUGGAUCUUAUCAGAGCCUCUCAAGAUGAAUACGACUUUCUACUCAAGGUUGAUGGUUUGGAAUAUCUUCGAAACGAUGCAGUUCUUCAGUAUGCCAUUCACCGCUACGAGAACCUUUGGCUUCCUCUCGUUGCAUCUCAAAACGACGAAUAUAUUUUGCCAGAAUGUUUAGAACCCCCAGUUGAUAUAGCUUGGGUGUGGAAUUGCCACAUGCUAUCACCACAUAACUACGCCUCGUAUUGUAAGUCGUGUUUCGGAAAAGUGCUCAAUCAUUCUGUUUCCAAAUCUAGAGAUGCUCAAGAAUUUACAACAUCCACCUGGUUACUCCAUUAUCCUAAUGAACCGUUCGAAUUAAGCCACGAUAUCGUAAAAAGAAAAUUCUCUGAUGUUCCACAUUACCGAACUAAACGCGAUUCGUUCGAUCUUUUGGAGGCCAUUCAUCGACAACAAGACUUUGUCUAUAAUAUUCAGCUGCCUCAUUAUAGAAAUACAAUGUUCCUCGAAACUGCAGUGACAAGGUACAAAAAGUAUCUUCUAUUAAAUAAAAAACACCCGACGAAGUUUCUCGUUCCUUCUUACGAUAUUGAUUUGAUCUGGCACACUCAUCAACUUCAUCCAAUUGAUUAUGAACGGGUCACAAAGUCGUUGCUAGGUCGUAUGCUAAAUCAUGAUGAUACAGACAGUGAUCGAAACCAUGGGUCUAAGCUUUCUAAUGCAUAUCAAGAAACAAGAAAACUUUGGCAAGAGGAAUAUGGUGAGGCAUUUGCCAAACCAGGUGCCAUGUACCGUGGAGAUUCCUCGAAAGGUAGACUCUACCUUCUCACUAAACAAGACAUUGAAGGAUUCUCAGGCAGAAAUGCAGAAGUUGUAAUUAAAAGUAUUUCCAUAUCUCUGCCUAAUGCAGUUGGUGACAAAAACAUUAAACUUAAAUUAUUAAAAAACAAUUGGUCUAAAGGUAUUCAAUGUAUUGAAAAGCUAACAGGAAAAAUAGGGAAUAUGACCUGGAACAGUCUUAAUGUUCAAUUUGCAUAUGGCCCUUCCGAUGCCACUCUUGUCUUUGUACUAGCUACAAGAAACACUUUUUUUGGUGGAGGAUCUAAAGAAAUUGGUGGUUUUCAAGAACGACUUGGGCAAUAUCUGCAGAACCCUGAAUUUUAUAAUGGCGGUAAUAUCAGAUUUGAAAGAAACUUGCAUAUGUUAAGCAAAACAUUGGCAGCAAAAUGUACAGUUACUGGAAGUGUUGGACGCCCGAUUCUUGCUGGCAUCGUGUUAUUUCUGGAACCAGGUGCUUAUGAGGAGGCUAACAUGCCGACAAAUAUGGAUCAAAUGUGGGGCCCUGUCCCUUUGCCUAAAUCUGAUGCUGAAAACAUCUGUCAAGUUGCUUCGCAUAGAUUGCGAAAUUCAAAUGGAAGUGUCGUUUUCACUUGCCGGAUCAUACACAGCGUUAAAAUGAUGACGUCAGUUGUGCAGGUUUUCUUCCAAGACAAAUUGGCUGCGAUUGCACAUGUUAUAGGAACUGACCAGCUACCAAUUCAAUCACAAACAACUUCAAACCUAUUCCUAAAUCCAGAUGCAGGAGAAAGGGCAGUCCUCAUAAAGACGGGAGACGGCGAUGCUAUGAUACUGAUAGGAGCAUGGACAGGAUUUGCACGGGGAAUUGCUGGGAGACGAGGUAGGCGAGGAAUUCCUGGUAACCCCGGUCAUUUGGAAGUUACUUACAGAAUUGGUUCAAAAUGCUUUCUUACUGGUAAAACGAUUCAUCUUUCUCAAUAUCAUCCUUUAGAAUACGAAGGUCUUACCUUAGACUUUAAAAGAGGAACGAUAACCUGUAGUAGACCGAGAUCCUACAAAAUUCUGGAAUAUGUGACCUUUUCAUUUUCCGUUGCUCUGCUUCACGUUCUGUGUGUGCCCCGCCCUUCAAAAUGGAGACCAGGAAAGUCUCUAAAACCAAAAUUGGCAAGAAGAGGUGCACGAAGAGUAGAUUGGUUUCCUGGCGAAUAUAUGUCUUUUAUGUUGGCUGCAGGAUUGCUGCACAUGACGCCCUCUAAUCACUAUAUUUAUCACAAUUACGGAGCAAAAACUUGUGCUGAUUGGACUGCCGGAAAAAAUAUUUCUGAUUCUUGUGGCUUGGGAUUUUUUCAAAGUCAGUGUGUCAUAAACUCUGAUGGAAGUGAAGGUGGUGGAUGCGGCGGAUGCGGUGGUUGUGGAGGAUGUGGAGGUUGUGGGGGAGGUGGUGGUUAUGGAGGUGGUGGUGGAGGUUGCGGGAGUGGUGGUGGUUGUGGAGGUGGUGGUGGUGGUUGUGGAGGUGGUGGAUGUUGAGGUUGUUGAUAAUGUUAAUAUAGUUAUUGCAAGUUUAAUGUGUUUCUGACAAGUCCCUCAUGUACCAUGGAUAGUUUCAUAUGUGUGCUUGUUUUUUUUUCUUGUUUGAAGUACGAAAUAUGAAGAAUUAUAUAUAAACUCUGUCCAACGUUUUACAUUUAGCCUCCUAACCAAUUUCUUUCAACUGGAAUAAAAACCCAAUUGCAAUGCUGGAUAUUUACAAAAGCAGGCAGGGGUGAUACAUCCAAACUAAACAGAAUGAUAUACAUAUGUACGUGGCCUUAUUUCUUUUUGUUGCAACUGACUGGGAGAAAAAUAACAAACUUUUAAAAAAAUUUAACCAUUGAGUUGGUAUAUAGUGCUUCAUAUCUCUAAAGUUUGUUCUUUAUGUCACUAAAGUGUUCAUCGUUGUCCCAGUUAAGAAUUUCAUAAGACUGUUUAAGAGAAACAACAACUAUGCAUACUUUAAUAGUCCAAACACGUGCAUAGACGUAGAACACAUUGUUUACAAAUUAAUGUAUAAUAUGUCGUGGUAUGAAAAAGUAUUAAAUUAACAAAAUCCGCUAGCUCUUGCAAAUUUAUUGGCAUAUAUUAAACCAAAUUUGUCAGAUCCAAUGUACCUGCUCAAUGGUUAACUUGUCCUUUACCUUCAUCGAAAUGUUAGUCAACCCGCUUUCCUGGGCACUCCGUUUCGGAAAGGUCUUUCCAUCAAAACUAAGAUCGCAAUAAAUAAUACUAAAUAAUAGAUUUUUUUAUUACCAAAGAUGUCUGAUCCACAAUUUUCGCCCGCGAUGGUAUGUUUGAUGAACUCCUAUACUUUUCGCCUUGACGUUAAUAAGUCAACCCGCGUUCCUGGUUACUGCAUUCAGGAAAGUUCUUUCGAUUAAAAUUUAAAAAGUGCAUUCAAUAAACGAAUUAACUUAUUAUAUUUAUUCCAAAUUUGUCAAAACUGAACUUUUAAGUAUACUCAAAGUAAAGUUGUCAGUAAAUGUACUCACUCUUUAUGUAUUCUUUCAAUACCAUUUCAUAGGAAGUAUAUAUUUUGAUGCAAACUCGCACUGACAUGGAUCCUCCAAAGUAUAUUCACCACCUUACUCUCAAAUUUUGCUAAUUUGGGGUGGUUUAUCGAAAAUGAAAAUAGGCGUUUAUAUAAUUUUUCAGUUAGUACUUAUCAGGUAAAAUUCAAUAACACAAAUGUAGUUAACGGAUAUCAUAUGGUGUUGAUUAACCAAAGAUGUAAGCAGUUACUAUGGUGCAUGAUAUACAACGUCAUUUGAUUUUUAAAAAAUUGUAAAAAUGUUCUUUAACACAUCUACCAGGGUGCAGCGAGUAUAUUUUCGUGUAUAACCUUUAUCCGCCAGGAUGUAAUUGUAUAUCAUUUGAUUUUAAAACUUUAUAUUUUUCCAUUAUCCAUUUUUUCAGUUAUCAUUUGUAUUGAACAUGUCUGGUUAAAGAGUACAUCAAGAGAAUAAUAUUUACACUCCUGCGAAAUACAAUGACUACUUUUUGAAUCAAUUGAGCUUUUCUGAUCAAUAUUUGUCUUUGUCUGUUGUUGUUGUUGUCGUCGUAAGCGUUCUUGUCAUUUUAACCUUUUUACAUUUUCAUAUUCUUCUCCAGUACCACUGAGCCGAUUUUAACCAAACUUGACCCAAAGCAUCGCUGGGGAGGUAAAUAAAAAUCGGCAGAUUUUUUUUCACUUUUUGUAUUAGAUCUACUGUACUUAAUUAUCCAGUUAUUUUAAAGAUUAUAUCAUUAUACUUAUUUAAUCAGAGUUAUGGCUAUUGUUGCCCGGGUGAGCGAUGUGCCCCUUGAAUCUCUUCUUUGAUUUAAGGAAUGAAUUUAAUAUUUUUUCAGUUGUUCAGUAUACGAAAUAUAAUUGUUUUGGGCAGUUUACGGUUCAUAAACCAUAGAAAAAAUUAUUAAAUUCAAUAUUGAAAUCAUUGUUUAUAUUUAUUUUUUUUUUGCUAUUAAUUGUAGAUAAAACAUUAAUACGAUAUAAAGCAAUUUUUUAGCCAAUUAGAAAUCGUGUUAAACCAGAAUUAAACUCUAAAGCUUUUUGACCACAUACCCUGUUUGAAAUGAAAAGAUAUGGAUAAAACAUUUUAUUUCUUCGUAUAUAAUAUUGUGUAAUAUGUUUGUAAAGAAAAGUAAAGAUGAA